CGACGGCAGCGCAAGGGUGAAACGUCAUCAGUGAGCGUCGACCGCUGCUGGGAAGCUAAUUUCUUAGAAACCGUCGUGCGAGAAGAGAGGAGGCCUCAGGAUGUCUCUGGCCGACGAGCUCCUGGCUGACCUCGAGGAGGCGGCGGAAGAGGAGGAAGGGGGCAGCUACGGGGAGGAAGAGGAGGAGCCGGCGAUCGAGGAUGUGCAGGAGGAGGCGCAGCUGGACCUUUCCGGAGAUUCGGUCAAGAGCAUCGCCAAGCUGUGGGACAGCAAGAUGUUUGCUGAGAUCAUGAUGAAGAUUGAGGAGUACAUCAGCAAGCAGGCCAAAGCUUCGGAAGUUUACCCAAGGAGGAAAGAUAUUGCUACUGUGGAUGGAAAACUGGUAUCAUUUGUGAUGGGGCCCGUGGAGGCGGCCCCCGAGUACCGGGUCAUCGUGGACGCCAACAACCUGACGGUGGAGAUCGAGAACGAGCUGAACAUCAUCCAUAAGUUCAUCCGGGAUAAGUACUCGAAGCGAUUCCCCGAACUGGAGUCUCUGGUCCCCAAUGCACUGGAUUACAUCCGCACCGUCAAGGAGCUGGGCAACAGCCUGGACAAGUGCAAGAACAACGAGAACCUGCAGCAGAUCCUGACCAACGCCACCAUCAUGGUCGUCAGCGUCACCGCCUCCACCACCCAGGGGCAGCAGCUGUCGGAGGAGGAGCUGGAGCGGCUGGAGGAGGCCUGCGACAUGGCGCUGGAGCUCAACGCCUCCAAGCACCGCAUCUACGAGUACGUGGAGUCGCGCAUGUCCUUCAUCGCGCCCAACCUCUCCAUCAUCGUCGGGGCCUCCACCGCCGCCAAGAUCAUGGGGGUGGCCGGCGGCCUGACCAACGUCUCCAAGAUGCCCGCCUGCAACAUCAUGCUCCUCGGGGCGCAGCGCAGGACGCUCUCCGGCUUCUCCUCCACCUCGGUGCUGCCCCACACCGGCUACAUCUACCACAGCGACAUCGUGCAGUCCCUGCCCCCGGAUCUCCGGCGGAAGGCGGCCCGGCUGGUGGCUGCCAAGUGCACGCUGGCAGCCCGGGUGGACAGUUUCCACGAGAGCACGGAGGGCAAGGUGGGCUACGAGCUGAAGGAUGAGAUAGAGCGCAAGUUCGACAAGUGGCAGGAGCCGCCGCCCGUGAAGCAGGUGAAGCCGCUGCCCGCGCCCCUCGACGGGCAGCGCAAGAAGCGAGGAGGCCGCAGGUACCGCAAGAUGAAGGAGCGGCUGGGGCUGACCGAGAUCCGGAAGCAGGCCAACCGCAUGAGCUUCGGGGAGAUCGAGGAGGACGCCUACCAGGAGGACCUGGGCUUCAGCCUGGGCCACCUGGGCAAGUCGGGCAGCGGGCGGGUGCGGCAGACACAGGUGAACGAGGCCACCAAAGCCAGGAUCUCCAAGACGCUGCAGCGGACCCUGCAGAAGCAGAGCGUGGUGUACGGCGGGAAGUCCACCAUCCGCGACCGCUCCUCGGGGACUGCUUCCAGCGUGGCCUUCACCCCGCUGCAGGGCCUGGAGAUUGUGAACCCACAGGCAGCAGAGAAGAAGGUGGCUGAGGCCAACCAGAAGUACUUCUCCAGCAUGGCUGAGUUCCUCAAGGUCAAGGGUGAGAAGAGCGGCGUCAUGUCCACCUGAGGGCGGCGCCUGGGCCUCCUCCCGCUGAAGGGACACAGGGGCCCCACCUCCUGAAGGGAGCAGGGUCGGACGGGGCUGGGAGGCUCCGGCAGGGAGAGCCGCCCCGUGCCGGGUGGUGCUGGGGCCGUCCAGCGAGGCACCGGAGAAGGCCCGGCCCUAGAGCACAGAGGUCGCGGCCCCGCGCAAACACACAGGCAGCCUUCGUCAUGCGUCUUUUUUAUUUUAACCGGGAAAGGAGAUACCUCUGGAAUAAGUGCAAUUAAAAGCACGUUUUCAGGA